UAUCUCUUCUCACGUAGCGGUGCUCGUCAACUGUCAACACGGAUUCUGGACAAACCCAGCGCCCCUUUCUUAGACAUUGAAGAAAAUGUUACAAAGGACGACAUUCCCCACACCAUCCCGGGAUAAAACCUUUUAAUUUUAGAGUUUCUUGACUCUGGUUGCUUCAGAUUCAAACAGAGGGAUGCCAGUGGAGAGCGGGAGCAGUGCAGCGGCCCGUCAGGCCAAGCAGAAGAGGAAGUCCCACAGCCUGUCGAUCCGCAGGACCAACAGCACGGAGCAGGACCGCUCCGGGCUGCAGAGGGACAUGAUGGAGGGACAGGACUCCAAGCUGCCUCUGACUCUGAGGACUAAUCUGCUAGACCUGUUCAGUCAGAUUGAGAGGGAGUUUGAAAACCUUUACAUUGAAAACCUGGAAUUACGCAGAGAAAUCGAAACGCUGAAUGAUCGUUUGACUGCAGACGGGCAGACUUUUGAAGGAGCAGACUUAGCCAAAGGAGCACUGAAAACAAAAGCGAGUCACAGCACGAGCCAGCUGUCACAAAAACUAAAGACGACCUACAAGGCUUCAACAAGCAAGAUCGUGUCCAGUUUCAAAGCGACUACGUCCAGAGCCGUGUGCCAGCUGGUCAGAGAGUAUGUCGGCCACAGAGAUGGCAUCUGGGACCUCAGCGUCACCAGGACACAACCUGUGGUGCUUGGCACUGCGUCUGCAGAUCACACCGCAAUGCUGUGGAGCAUCGAGACCGGAAAGUGCCUCCUCAAGUAUCUGGGUCACCAAGGAUCAGUCAACUCCAUCAAGUUCCACCCAACUGAACAGAUGGCUCUAACAGCCUCUGGAGAUCAGACGGCUCACAUCUGGAGGUACAUGGUCCAGCUGCCAACUCCACAGCCUGUUGCCGAUACGACGCAACAGACCCCCUGUGAAGACGAUGUGGAGUUUUCUGAUAAAGACGAGGCCGACGGUGAGGUGGAUGGUUCAAACGACUGUCCUUCUGUCCGAGUGGCGACCACGACUCUGCGCAGCCAUCAGGGAGUGGUAAUUGCUGCUGAUUGGCUGGUGGGGGGCAAACAGGUGGUGACAGCCUCAUGGGACCGAGCUGCUAACCUGUACGAUGUGGAGACCUCGGAGCUGGUGCACUCACUUACAGGCCAUGACCAGGAGCUGACCCACUGCUGCACACACCCCACCCAGCGUCUGGUGGUCACUUCAUCCAGAGACACCACCUUUAGACUGUGGGACUUCAGAGACCCGUCCAUCCACUCUGUCAACGUGUUCCAGGGACACACCGACACGGUGACGUCUGCUGUGUUCACGGUGGGAGACAACGUGGUGUCUGGGAGCGAUGAUCGAACCGUCAAAGUGUGGGACCUGAAGAAUAUGAGGUCCCCCAUAGCAACCAUCCGCACUGACUCUGCUGUCAAUAGGAUCAGUGUGUCAGUGAACCAGAAGAUCAUCGCUCUUCCUCACGACAAUCGGCAGGUCCGGCUGUUCGACAUGUCUGGGGUGCGACUGGCUCGCCUCCCACGAAGCAACAGACAGGGUCACCGACGUAUGGUGUGCUGCUCCGCCUGGUGUGAAGACAACACCUCCUGCAACCUCUUCACCUGCGGCUUUGACCGGCAGGCCAUCGGCUGGAACAUCAACAUCCCCGCCCUGCUGCAAGAGAAAUGACCUCCUCCUCCUAUGACCGGCACCUUACAGUGAAACUCCACCCAGAGUCUGUCUCACAUCCUGCAGCCUCACAAGGUGGCUUUAAAGACGUCAUGCUUCUUUUAGUCCGUCACGUUUUAACAAGUGUUUUCUGACAGUUGAAAAGUUAGAACCACAGUCGUCUUUGGAGGUCAGAAUCUGACACUUUAGUCUCACUAAAGCCCGACCUCCUUUAGAGUGAGGGGCGGGAAAACAUGGGCCUAAACUCAUUGCCUCUCACAUCUUUAACAGUCACUGUCUCACAGCCUCAACGUUAUUGUUUGUUUUAACAUGGUAGCGACUGUCACCCAAAAAAUGAUCACAAAACUGUGUAUGGAUGAAGAAAAGCACGGAUGUGUAAUACUGGACGUUCUCUGCUAAAAUCUGAAAAAGCACAACACUUCUACUAAAGCAGAGGAGUUCUGGGAUGCUGAACAAACAGAAUGAUCAAACUGUGCCAUCAUUAGCAGCUUUACACUCGGAUUAGAUUCUCACUUUAAUACAUUUUGGGUGUUCUGAUAACUAAAUCCAUCAAUGUUACCAUUUAGCUUCUGCUUUAUUUUAAUUUCAGGAUCUGUGGAAGAGAUGGCAGUUCUAAAAAGAAGCUGAUCUCUGAUUUUUAAGGGCCCUAUUUAACCCUUUUGGUUAAAUAUUUGCUUAAAAAGUUCCUGAAAUCACUUAUUUUAGUUAGAUGUAUUUAAAUGAUUUUAAAAGACAAUUGUUUCUUUUAGGAUUUUAUUCUGAAAUGUCUUGUUUUGCACCCGACACUCAGAGUCUAGCAUCAACAAUACAUCAAAACCAAAUAUAAUGCACAUUGAACUCACUGGAUAGAUAACAGUUGUAUUGUCAGUGUUGUAAUGAAUCCCUCUCUCCUCAGUUCUGCUCCGUGUGCAGACGUUCACAAGUCUCUGAAACACUCAGUACGUUUACAUACAGUUAGUUGAUUUAUUGUUAGUCCGACUGAAACUAGCUUUUUCAAAUGCAUGUCAACAUUUUAGUCUGACUAAAAUCAAAUUCCAGAAAGUCAGACUAACACACCUUGAUGAUGUAGUUGAAGGCCAGUCUAACCCAAACUGAACUAGAUAUAAUGAGCAUGCUUCCCAUUUUCCAGACAUCAACCCAGAGCACAUUCAGUAUAACUUCAUAGCAGGCAGAAGUUGUGUUGUUUUCUGCUUUCAGAUAUCUUUAUAAACUACAGCAAUAGCAGAAUCAGGGAAAUACAAAAGGUGAUUUGUGGAGUAUGUACAAGAUGCAUGAUGCAGUAAAGUUCUUCAGGUUUUCAGCGACUGAUGUACAGAUAGCUGCAGUGAACAGGAGGAAAGUCCAACUAUAACUAGCUGAGAGUGAAGCUGUAGCCUCUGUCAAAUCAAUCCUCCCUGGUUCUUGUAUAGAUGAAUCUUACUGUUGAUCAGUGGGUGUUGCUUUCUAAUCAGUGAUUAUUUCAUUGACGAAAACAUGACUUAAAAUUUUUGUUGACUGCAUUUUUUCCAUGAGGAAGACAAAACAAUAACAAGCUAAAAAUAGAAAUCUGAUAAUUAAGAGCACCGUUUUAGCUCAGUGGGUACAAUAGACACCCAUAUACAGAGGCUUUUGUCCUCACAACAGGUUGUGGGCUUGAUUCCUGGUCUCUGCACUGUUUGAUACGUGUCUUUCCCCCAUUCUCUCUACCUAUUUUUUUUCUUGUUUUGAAGAUACAUUUUUAGGCCUUUUUAUGCCUGUAUUAAUAGAGGAGGAGGAUAGUGGAGAGUUUACUGCAUCUCAAGCCAUCCUUUCUGAAUAAAGACAAAAAUGCCCUAAAUAAUUUUAAAAGAAUACUUCAGAUAAUAAAAAGGUGGACAAAAAAGUAAGUUAAGUUUUUGUCAAGAAGAGAUUGCAACCUCCAGAUAGACUUGUAGCAUUGGAAAGUACAUAUUUUAUAUAUUAAUGAGGGUUGUCAGGAUAAACCACAUUAAUUGCCAUUACUUUAAGUCCAAAAUUAGGGCACUGUUUCUUUUGAAAUUGUGCUAAAUGCAUGCUUUAUCGCCAGCAAAAAUGUUCAUACGUGUAGAUUACAAUAUCAUGCAUCCCUAACGCAUAACACUAGCUACCUGCUGCAGGAAACUCCUGUCAUCAUCUGCUCUGAUUGGCUGGGAAAAUGCUCCCAAACUUUGCAGUGAGAGCUGUUAAUUAGAGAUAAUCAAGUUUCAAAAGCUUGAGUACUGUACAGCAUCCUAAGCUAGUUUGUGACAGCUGUUAGAAUAGAUGAGGACUCCACAGGCUCUUCCUGGUGUCUCUUAUAAAUUUGCACAGAAAGUCAUGUUAGAAGAAGUAAAAUAUUGACUCACUUGCCAGCUCGUCAUUCAUACCAAUGCAGGAAGACAUCACUGCAGUUACAGCAGCUUGCUACUGUAGCUCUUACUGUAACUUGACUUAACUGUGCAUGUGAACGUACUGAGUUAUGCACCCUUUUUAAAACACACAGUUACAUUCUUUUGUUGCUGUUUUAGAGGAGAACAUCUGCAGAUGUUGAUUUCUAACUCAGUAUGGACUUUGACACCUAACGUAGGGACCCAAAAGGGUUUUCUUUUAAAAUCAAACUGAACUAAAAUUUGCUUCUUUUUCUAGUAAAAACAUACUGUACUGGUGUUGAGGAAUUCCCCUCCAGUGCAGAUACCCUUGUCCUGGCAUGUUUUACUCUUGAAUGUUCUUAUAAAAGUCACUGUUCAACUCAAAGUCCUCCUCGAUUGUUUCUGGGCUCUAGCAGCUUCAGUUUUCAGUUUUGGAAAAACCAACAAUCCCACCAAAACCUUUCUUCAAAGAGCCCCUAAAGUUUAAAAAAGUGUAGGAGAGUGAUUUCUUACGCAAGAGCACUAGCAGCUUGUGGAAUAAAUCAGGCGUGCUGAUCUAGUAGGUAAAUUAUUUGUCCAUGGUGCAUAGAUGGUAACUCACCUUUUAUUUUUUCAUUAAAUCUGACUCCAUUCUACUAAGAACUUGUUUCAGUAGCUGAUGAAGAUUUUAAAACAUCUCCUCAGCUGCUCCACUCUUCAGGCGCACCAAAUCCUGACAUGAUUGUAAAAACAAAACGUCUUUUCUAGUCGAUCGCAGUGCCCUUUAGUCGUUAGUGUUUGAACACUGUUGUGGGGAUUCUGUCAGUGUCAUAUCUGUUAUGGUACUUUUAAAAAAAAAAAAGAGUGAAAUCUCAAAGAGUGUCUCGAUGUGUUUGCUGUCAGCUGCUUCGCUUUGACACUGCCACUUAAGCACUCAGCCAAAGCUGCAUUUAAGUGAAUGGAGAGGCUGUUAUGCGUGUGAGUGUGUAAAAGAACAAAUCCUGUGAGUGGAUGUGUCUGUGUGAUGAUACAAAUCAAUGUCUGAAACGUGUUUAGUGUUGUAAUAACAAGCAGUUUGUUGACUCCAGUACCACCGUUGUACUAUGUUGUUUUAGGCGUGUUUUUCCACGAGCAACACAAUAAACAAGCACAGUUAAUUUUUCACAGACUGUUUAAAGACUAGCUUUAGAUUUUUGCUGGUUUUUAACAGGUUUUCACACAGUAUUUGCAUUUACAUGACAUUUUCUCAUUAUUUUGGUUAAGAAAAUUAUCACAUUUUUGUGGAUACUUAGUUUUUGUGUUGAAUUUGUUAACACUGUACAGUUGCUUUAUUUCUGCGGUAUUUCUUACAAUAGGAAGAAAUACCCCAUUAUUGAAAUAUUUGGCUUUAACAAGUAGAAAAUAAAGUUUGGUUUUCAAACAAACUAAAGUGAUUAUCAAAAGGCAAAUGUAAAGUGUUAACUCUCUUCUUUUAAAACCAUAACAUUUGUAUCAUAUUAAUUGUAAUAUAUAAAGAAAGUUGCCAGUUUUGGCGGUAUAGUGCGAUAUAGUGUUCUUCAGGUUGUUUCUUAGCCUUCAUAACUUCAUACCCUGAGGGGUGUACCAUGAAGCGAACUCAACACACCCAGGUUUUCUGAGAGUAAGAUGGCUCAACAAAUCUUACUGCUCUGGUUAGAGAUAUCAGGUAUUUUGAAGCUGGUCAUGGACUUUCUCUCUGAACUCAGCCUUUCUGCUCCAGCAUAUAGCGUUUGUCCACCACUGAAAAUAGCUAUAGGUCCUUGGCCGUUCGCAUUCUCAUUUCUUGACGCAAGUAAACCAAAAUGCUUCGAUAUGUCAGAUUUAAAAGCUGCUGGGGCCUCCACCAUCUCUAAAACUUUGUCACUCAUUUUCUCUUGCAAUAGGUAGCAUCCAUGAUUUUCCCACUGUUAGAUCAAAGGAUGAUGGGUAACUGUAGUUACCGUCCCUUCACCGUGUUCCACUAAAAACCUACACUUUUUGCCCUGAAGACUUAUCAUUUGAAACCAUCACACGUCUAUGAUGGUAUUGAGAUCUGUCUCUGCGAUAUCGUGAAUUAACAAUACUGUUCCAUCUCUACCAGGCACAGUUUUCCUUUUUACAUCCUGCUCUCACAUUGUUCAAAAAGUAAAUCAACCUGAGUUCCCACGUAUGCCCAGAGAGUAUUUGUCCUGAGACUAUGAGUAGUCAGGUGCAGAACUACACAGAAAACUACUGCACCUUAGACCAGGGGUUCUCAACCUUUUCAGCCCGCGACCCCCAAAAUAAAGGUGCCAGAGACCAGGGACCCCCACUGUACUUAAAGGUGGUUGAACAGCCAUGCACAAUUAAGAAUAGUCAUGUGCAGACAGUGCUGCCCAUAAAGGGGGGUAAAGGGGAAGGUUUCUGGGACCCAGCCAAACUGGGGCCCCAUGGAUUCAGAAAAAUCAUGGCCCAUUGCGAAGUUAAGCUGUGAAAACCAUAUUUUAUAUUUGUACCUUAAUAAUAACCACUCUAAUCAAAGAAACCAAUCAAGUCAUUUGUGUAGUAAAUAGCCUUCUUAAAAUGAAAACAACUUUUGUUA